CCCACCGAUUGUUUUACUUACCCCACGUCGAAGCCGUGUAAAUUGGCGGUUCCGCAGAAGUCAACGCUCCCUUCUCUUUUCGAGUCCGACUAUCCUCCCUCUCGUCCUUGAAGAGUCUAGAAAUACUUCACCUUCUCCGUACGAGUCUGAUACAUCCAAUUGACCACACCAAAGCAACCAUGCCUCUGCCUCGUCAAGUAUUCAUCGCCGUUAUCGGUGCCGGUGGUGUAGGCAAAGCCUUCCUCUCCCAGCUGUCAGCCCUCUCCAAACGCCUCUCCCAAUCACCCUCGUCGCCGUACUAUCUCUCCCUCAUCUGGCUCAGCACCUCCAAAAAAGCUGUCUACCACGCCGACUACAAGUCCCUCUCCAACUGGGAAUCCGAGCUUCAGAACACGUCCAAGCCCACAUUGCCUCUCCCUCAGCUCUGCGAAUACCUACAGAAAGCGCCUGGUAAGGUGGUACUGGUGGACAACACCAGCAAUCAGGACGUUGCCGACAGCUACCCCAAUUUCUUGAAGAAGGGCAUUAGCAUUGUAACACCAAACAAGAAGGCUUUCUCCGGAAGCUAUGAGCUAUGGACGCAAAUAUUUGACGCUGCGAGCAACGGGAACGGUGCUGGUGGCUACGUCUUCCACGAGUCGUCAGUCGGCGCAGGACUGCCUGUCAUCUCUACACUGAAGGACUUGGUUGAGACUGGAGACCAAGUCACAAAGAUUGAGGGCGUUUUCAGCGGAACCAUGAGUUUCCUCUUCAACUCCUUCCAGCCUCUCGGUGGCGGAGGUGGAAAGUUCUCAGCUGAAGUCACAUCAGCCAAAGAAAAGGGUUACACAGAACCAGAUGCUCGCGAUGAUUUGAACGGCCUAGACGUCGCUCGCAAACUAACCAUCCUAGCUCGCCUCGCUGGCCUGAAGGUCGAAUCGCCGACAUCCUUCCCCGUACAAUCUCUCAUCCCCAAAGAGCUCGAGUCCUGCUCAUCUGGCGACGAGUUCCUUGAGAAGCUCCCACAGUACGACGACCAGAUGGAGAAGCUCAAGGCCGAGGCAGAGAAGGAAGGCAAAGUCAUCCGGUUUGUAGGAAGUGUGGACGUGCCAAACAACAAGGUCAAGGUCGGGUUGGAGAAGUUCGACACAAGCCAUCCGAUUGCAGCACUCAAAGGAAGCGACAACAUCAUCGCAUUCUACACAAAGCGGUACGGUGACAACCCACUCAUCAUCCAGGGAGCCGGUGCUGGCGGCGAAGUCACUGCGAUGGGUGUCACUGCGGACCUGGUCAAGGUGCUCCGGUUAUUGCACUAAGGAGUUGAUUGUGGGGAAAAUUCAUGUAAACUAAGAUUUCAGUGUAACCGUUGCCACCAGGAGGCUUACCUACCCGUAGCGACUACCUAUCAACCACUAUACCGAUCAUCCCACUAUUGAAAACCACACCAGAUUGCAUUAGCACUCCAUGUUCUUAGCGAUGUGUCGCGACCGCUGCGUCUGAUCACCUGUGCUUCUCCGUUGCACCGAGUGACAUGAUCGUCAUGUCUCCGUUGUCGCCGAACCUUGUUUCUUUGUCGAUCAGGGCGCAACUGACACCAUCCCUUGCUGCAAACCACACACUCGGCAAGAAUGAUGUGCAUCAAUGGAACUUUCCAGUCAGGUCGAUCUCUCGGCGUCAAUUGCUUGAUCUGUGAGAUUGCUUGUUUCGAGACACUGGUGCGAAGCUUAU